CACUGACAUGCUCCAAAAUGCGUUACUAUAAUCAAAAGCGAAGAAGAAGUUAAAACCGGAAGUAUAUGUCUCACCUCACGGACCACACAGCCAUUGAAUCUACAGGAAAACGGUGCAUUCUUUCAAAGAAACUGGAUAUGAAGAAGCAAGACACGGACGAGUCGGUCACCCCGUGCAACGAGGAUGCUCCAUCUGCAGUAGAGGGAACAGAGUCACCCGCGAUCGCCAAAGACAGACUGGACAGCGGCCUUAAAGAGUCUGAAAUGGAGCCUAGGGGUGACGAGGCAGUGAGCGAUGGUACGUUAGCUCACUCUCAACGCGACAAGGCUGAUGAGCUGAGCAGGCAGCUGGAGGACAUCCUGAGCAUCUACUGCAGACAGAGCCGUUCCGACGAUGCCGGCGCCCUUGCCAAUGGCCAGUCGCACAGCCCUGAGCUAAACGGGGUGGAGAAAGACGAUAACAAGCCGAGCAAAUCCAAGGGUGGCAGCGGAGAGGAGAAGGAGCAAAAGAAGACACAGGAGAAGAAAAAAGUGAAGGGUCUAGGCAAAGAAAUCACACUCCUCAUGCAAACUCUCAACACAUUGAGCACACCAGAGGAGAAACUGGCAGGCCUCUGCAAGAAGUAUGCUGAACUGCUGGAGGAGCACCGCGACAGCCAGAAGCAGAUGCGAGCGCUGCAGAAGAAGCAGACCCAGCUGGUGCAGGAGAAGGACAACCUGAGGAACGAACACAGCAAGGCCAUCCUGGCUCGGAGCAAACUGGAGAGCCUGUGCAGGGAGCUGCAGAGACACAACCGCACGCUCAAGGAGGAAGGGAUCCAGAGGACCCGACUGGAGGAGGAGAAAAGAAAGGAAGUGACGUCUCACUUCCAGGUGACGCUCAAUGACAUCCAGGUGCAGAUGGAGCAGCACAACGAGAGGAACGCCAGCCUGCGGCAGGAAAACACGGAGCUGGCCGAGAAGCUGAAAAAGCUCUACGAGCAGUACAAGUUACGGGAGGAGCACAUCGACAAAAUGGUGAAGCACAAGGACCUGCAGCAGCAGCUGGUAGACACCAAACUUCACCAGGCGCAGGAGCUGCUCAAAGAGUCGGAGGAACGCCACGACAGGGAGAAAGAUUUUCUGCUGAAAGAGGCGGUGGAGUCUCAGCGCAUGUGCGAACUGAUGAAACAGCAGGAAGGUCACCUCAAGCAGCAGCUGUCACUCUACACCGAGAAGUUUGAGGAGUUCCAGACCACCUUGUCCAAGAGCAACGAGGUCUUCACCACCUUCAAGCAGGAAAUGGAGAAGAUGACCAAGAAGAUCAAGAAGCUGGAGAAGGAGACGGCCAUGUAUCGCUCCAGGUGGGAGAGCAGCAAUAAGGCUCUUGUGGAGAUGGCCGAGGAGAAAGCCGUACGGGACCGUGACUUCGAGGCCCUCCAGGGCAAAGUGCAGCGGCUGGAGAAGUUGCGGCGGGCCCUCAAAGUGGAACGUAACGAACUCAACAAGAAGGUACAGAACCUCAGCGGGACCUCCGAGGCGCCCGCCUCCGACCCCACGGCCGACUCCCCUUCCCCCCCACCCACGAACUCUCUGCCGGAAGGCGACGCCGAGGGCUCGGAGGCCACCAGCAGCCCUGACACCCCUGAGCAGAACACGGACGCGCUGCAGCCGGUCGGCACGCACGAAUGAUCACAUCCUGGAGGAAGCGGUGACAGGGGACUUCCUGUUCUUUGCAACUGCAUUGACUGUCAUGUGCUUGGUUUCCAGCAAUAUAGUGUCACAGCCCUCAGAUGAUUAUUAUAAAAUAUUACUUGGCAUCUGUGGAAACCUCAGCAGUGUUAGCUAAUGUUACCUUGACAAACACUUUCAUGCUUACACAGCCAAUAACACGCACACACACACACACACACACGCUGAGGUCCUUUAGUACAUGCAGUAUUGUCACCACCACCUCUCCAAGGAUGUCCCAUAAUAGCCAGUAUGAAUGUUCUCCACAUCUUGCAGUGUUCAGGGAGCGCUAUGCAACACUUUGCGUUGAUUCUGUGGCAGUCUGAAGCAAGAAGCACUUAGAAUGUACCUUCAUCACAUCCGCCGUGCCGAUCGUGGUCCAAGUUGUAGUAAUUGAGACAAGUUUAAAAGUCCCCCCCCCACCGCCCCCCCCCCACACACACACAAAAGCAAUUAUUUCUCUAAAUACUAAUUCCCACGUAGCACUGGAAACAAAUCCUUCCUCCCGUGUCUCACAAAACUCAUGACCAUGUAAAGCAGGGGUCGGGAACCUUUUUGGCUCAGAGAGUCAUGAAAGCCACAUAUUUUUAAGCAAGACAGUUCUACAGUAUAAGAAGUCUCUGAAUUUAUUGUUUUUAAUAACAUUGUUACCCUGAAGCUAUCCAAUAAUAAUAAAAUAUUUCUUACAGCAAUGCAACUUUGAUUUGCACCAUACUAUGUAUCUUUCUUUUCACCAUCUUUUUGUUAAAGGUGUUUGUGUUGCAGAAUUAUCUAGCUGGCAAUUUAAUGAAAGGAGGGAGGUUUUCUUAUUGACACGUGGGUCAUCAAAAGAGCCAUAUCUGGCUCCCAAGCCAUAGGUUCCCUACCCCUGAUACGAAGGACCAAAGAUAUUCCUUGCCCUUUCUUUUGCUCUGAUUUUUUUUGUUCAAUAAAAAUAUUUAGAGCCUAUAAAUCACUGCUGUUUUUU